AUGUUGAGCACACUCAUUCGAAACAGCAGCAAUAACAACAACAACCAAACUCAUUCCCUUCUUGCAUCAUCAACUCCCUCUCAGAACACCAACAAUAACGAGAACACACCUCUCGCCAAUAACUCCUCUCGAAUCAUCACGUCAUCUUCAUCCUCUUCUACUACCGGCCCUAACCACUCAUCCAUCAAUAAUAAUAACAUGACCCACCCACCCACCACCCCAUCAUCGUCGUCAUCCCAUCUUGGAGGCCAUACCUCCAACACUGCUGCCAUUCUCAUUCCUCAGCAGCCAAGCUCCAUGCAGCAUGCCAAUAGUCCCUCCCUUUCCUUGCUUUCAUCCACUCUAGGAGGUGGUAGUGAAUUGAUGAUGACUACGAAUUCUUCAACAACACCUCCUCCAUCACUCUCACAACUCUUGAAUCAUCAUCAUCAUGGACUAAGCACCAUGUCCAAUUCACCUCAUCACAUGCAUCCCAUGAAUCAUCAUCCUCAUCCACCUACCUACGUCUCUCUCAUGCAUCAUCCCACUCUAGGAAGAGUCGGUGGAGGUGGUCAAGGCGGUAUGAUGGUCGUUGGUGGCUCUCCAAGUGCUUCACCUCUUCUGGGCAGUGCACUUGGUUCUUCUGAGAGAUUACUUUCAGAAAGCUCAUCCUCUCAACAGAGUAAUAGUAGCAUGAAUAAUAAUAACCAGAGUCUUUCCUUACUCUCAUCCUUAGGUGUCGUGUCCAGCAAUGCCAACAGUAAUAAUAAUGGCAGCAAUAAUGGCAACACUCUUUCGAACACUUCCUAUUUGAUGAAUAAUCAGUAUAUGAACACUCCUACUGGAGUUGUUGUCAAUAACGGAAACCACACAAUUCAGAUUGGCAGUGCUAACGGUAAUAAUACUAUGAGUACUCAUGCUUCUGCAAUUAAUUCCAAUCACCACGAAAGGGAAUAUCAACAAUUGCUUUUCGAGAGACAAUCCCUAACUCCAUUCCAACCCAUUGUUCCUCUCACUCUCAAGUUAUUGGACGAGCGUAUUCAGCAAGUUCAACAACAGCUUCAACAAGCUUCUACUUCCACAACUACCACCAACAAUUCUUCUUCUAACACAAGCUCUCAAUCAUCCUUGUUGAACUCAACUGCAAGUAACAUUAUGGGUCCACCUUCCUCAACACCAGGUGGUAGUAAGAAGAAGUUGAGCUCUCUCAUCAUUCAUCAACCUCCAGUGUUGUACAACACAAGCAACAACAACAACAACAUUACCUCAACAUCAUCCACCACUUCAUCAUCUAAUGGUCUCAAUCUUACAAGCCCAACUCUUAGCACUUCUAGCUCUUCCACCACUCCUGGUGUUAUGAGCACAACUUCUUCCUCAACUGCACCACCUGAAUCAGGCAGUAUGCUUCUUUCCAAUAUGAUGUCUAUGAAUGGCUCUACCACUCCAACUCUACUCUCUACAGGAGAUUCAUCAAGUCAUGGUGGCGACUUUUCGUUUUUCGGUAAUAACAAGACAUCUUCCAACUCGACACAAUCUCCUCCUCUUGGAAUUAUUGGAAGCAAUGCGAAUACCACUUCAAAGAAGCCAGCAGUGGUCAGUGCUACAAAUUCUUCUUCUACUUCUACUAGUACCGCCACCACAACCACAACCACCACAGGUUCUCAGCCCACCCAACAACCACCACCCACCAAAGUCAUUGCCUCAAAUGACACCAUUGCUAAUACUUCUCCAAAUCCAGGUCAAUCAUCAAGUAGUAAUGCAAGUACUCCAUCUCCGACCAGCUCUACUUGCUCUGACAACAACAUGCCCAAUGAAGAGUUUACCUUCAUUCGCUAUGACAAUGUGGACAUCAAACAAAAGAUUGUAAACCCAUACACAGUCUUGUUAUUCAUUCCUCAAGCAGAAUUUCCAGAUUAUAACUUUAUCGGACGAAUCUUGGGUCCAAAAGGAAGUUAUCUUGAUAGUAUUCGAAAGAACUCGAAUUGUUUCAUUCGAAUUCGAGGAAAGGGCUUGAAUUUGCAAAAUACCAACCAGGGUGCUGGUGGCACUACUUCAACCACUCCAACCACAUCAACCAACAGCUCUCAAUCAAGCUCAUCCGGUACUGACGCCAAUGAUAUUUAUGCCUCCUAUCCUCUCCAUGUCUUUAUUGAAGGAAAGGGUCAAUCCACCAGUAAGAGAAAGAAUCUUCAAAAAGGCAUUCAGCUCAUGCUUCCUCUCUUGGUACCCACUGAAUAUGAGAAAGAUGUUCUCAAACGAUGGCAACUUCAACAAUGGAGAAGUGAGAAGAAUUCUUCAUCAGGAGGAGAUAAAGCCUCCAUGAUGCCUCCUCUUCCUCUUCCCAAUUCCAUUCCUUCCGAUUAUCCACAACUUUAUGGCACUAGUAGUGGUAGCACUGGCAAUUCAAGCCUUCUCUCUUCAUCUCCAUAUUCCAAUCAAGCCUCCAUGGAAUCUGCUUGUGAGGACGAAGAUGAUGAUUUUGAAAUGGAUCCCUCUCUCAUGAGUCCAUCCAACGCUUCUUUUCUAAGCAGAUAUCAUCCCUAUAAUAGAACUCAUGUUUAA